AUGAAGUAUAAACUAUUAUUGUUCCUAACAGUAAUUCUUACUUACUAUGAAGGAAAUGCCCAGACACGUGGAAAAGGGCUUGAAGAAAAAGUCCAGCAGUUAACAGACCUUACAUCUAAGAAGUCAAUAGUAUCUCUAAACCUGAAUAAAUUCAAGGAGUAUGUGAAGUCUCCGCCCAGAGAUUACUCCUUCAUCAUAAUGUUCACUGCUAUGGCUCCGGCUCGUCGCUGUGCCAUCUGUCAGCAUGUUUAUGACGAGUAUCUAAUUGUAGCCAACUCCUUCAGGUUCUCACCAUCUUAUAAUAACAAGCUGUUCUUCGGUAUUGUUGAUUUUGAUGAAGGAUCUGAUAUCUUCCAAAUGCUACGUUUGAACACUGCACCAGUGAUAAUGCACUUCCCUGCAAAGGGUAAGCCUAAACCAGCUGAUUCCAUGGACUUUGAGAGAUCUGGAAUACACGCUGAAGCUAUUGCCAAGUGGAUACAAGACAGGACUGAUGUUCAGAUCAGAGUAUUCAGACCACCAAACUACUCGGGGGCAGUAGCAUUCUCAAUGCUAUUCAUACUGGUCGCCGGUUUCCUGUACCUAAGGAGGAACAAUUUGGAGUUUCUAUACAACAAGCAGAUGUGGGCAGUGUGUGCUGUAUUCUUCUGUUUUGCCUUUGUGUCUGGGCAAAUGUGGAACCACAUCAGAGGGCCUCCAUUCUUCCAUAGGACGAAGAAUGGACCAGUGUACAUCAAUGGCGGAUCACAUGGACAAUUCGUCCUUGAGAGCUACAUCGUUGCUGUUUUGAAUGGUGCAGUAGUCGUAGGCAUGAUCCUCAUGAUUGAAGCUGCGGGAGGUGUCAAGAACACAGAGGUGGUUCGUUCCCAGGCUGAAGGCAAACGCCGUCGCUUCCAAUCGGUCGUGGGUUUGGUGCUCGUCUGUGUAUUCUUCUCACUACUGUUAUCUGUGUUUAGAGCUAAAACGCAGGGAUAUCCUUAUAGCUUCCUAUUCAAAUAA